AGUUCUGAAGCAACGUCUUCGAAAUACAGUCACAAGACCAGUUCUUCACUGGAUCAAAUUCUACACCAUCGGGAACUGCGAACUCAGUCGAAAGACUUCAAAAUGGCACUUCAGCGAGGCGUCUUAGCCGCACUCCUGGUGGUAUCGGCCUACAUCAUCAGGAUAGUGUGGAUAGGGUAUACAGGUCCACUGUCAAAGCUGCCAGGACCAUGGUAUACUAAAUACACCAAUCUCGUCCUCCGAUACCAGACGAUUGCAGGCAAACGAAUCUUCUACGUGGACAAUCUUCACCAGCGUUAUGGCGGCGUCGUACGGAUUUCGCCAAAUGAGACCGCCGUUUCAGAUAUAGCCGGUGUCAGUCAAAUACACAAGAUCGGUGCUGGAUAUCUAAAAUCAGAAUUCUAUAGCGCCCUUAUUCCGUCUGACACACCCGGCAUAUUUCCGAUGCGCGACCCGCAUGCCCAUGCCGCAAGAAGAAAGCUGUUUGCCCGACCCUUCAGUAACAGCAGCUUGAACAGCAACUGGGAUGUGGAGGUUAGGAAGAAAGCAAGUCUAGCUGUGGAAAGAAUUCGACGCGAUGCAUUGAAUUCGUCGCAAGGAGCCGAUGUCCUCAAAUGGUGGACACUCAUGGCGACUGACGUCAUUGCUCAUCUCAGUUUUGGAGAAAGCUCCGGAAUGCUUGAGCUGGGUAAGCAAACACCAUACAUCGAUGCUAUUCAGGCUGCUCUUAUUUGCGGGAUCAUUCGGUCUGAAAUUGGAACUACCAUCUGGAAGCUUCUUAGUUACCUCCCCAUAAAACGGGUAAAGUUUCUCUAUUCAAUCGAUGAUGUCGUACACGAACACGGCGAGCGGGCGAUACAGAAGAUGCGUAGUGAGGGUGGCAAUGCCAAGAAUCUCUUCAGUCAAAUGGUAGCUGCUGGUGAAGACAGCAAGACUACGGCGCUGUCGAAUAAAGACAUAAGAGAGGAAGCGGGUGGCUUCAUUGUGGCCGGAUCGGAUACAACCGCGGUGACGCUUACCUAUCUCGUCUGGGCGGUUCUGAAGCAGCCCGAUCUGCAAGCUCGACUCGAGAACGAGAUUGCAGAACUCAGCGAUGAGCUAACAAAGGAAGAGCUCGAGACUGCGCCUCUAUUGAACAGCGUUAUCGCGGAAACGUUGAGGCUUUACGGCGCUGCUCCUGGCGCCUUACCCCGGGUUGUACCGAAACAAGGCACUGUCAUAAGCGGACAUCACAUCCCCGCUGAUACUGUGGUCAGUACUCAGGCUUAUACGAACCAUCGCGAUCCUUCUGCCUUCCCGAAUCCCCUCGAAUUCGAUGGUCUUCGGUUCUUGGACAAGAGCACGAUGUCAGCACAUCAGAAGGCGUCAUACAUGCCCUUUGGAGGCGGCUCAAGGGUGUGUGUUGGCAUACAUUUGGCGUACAUGGAGCUUCGCUUAGGAGCUGCUCUCUUCUUCCGACAUUGUCGUGGCGCCAGAAUUGCCGACUCCAUGAAAGAUGAGAUGAUGGAGAUGGACAACAACUUCUUGGUUGCUCCUAAGGGUCAUCACUGCUAUAUCACUCUGGGAUGAAAAUUCUCAACUUCAGUAACCGGUUCGCGUUUCUGGGGGUUGCGAGAUU